GCGAUCGUCUGGAGUUCGAAUGUUCUGUGGAUUACAUACAACAAUAACAAAAACCUAACCUCAUAACGUCAGAUGUAAGUGAAGAAUUCCGCGCUGUAGCGCUGAAUUGAACGAUUAACACAAGAUAAAAUGAUCUUCGCCAUUGACUGACCGCUGAAACCAUGAGUGCCCUCACUGAAGAACCCAAAUCGACGCUCCUUAAAGAACGCCGCAGCAGACUUUGGGAUCAUAUCAAGUAUGAACAUUUAGCGGCAGGUACUAGUGCAGGAGUUGCCGCCACCCUCGUCCUACACCCUCUGGACGUAGUGAAGAUAAGAUUUGCUGUGCACGAUGGCAUUCACAGCACCCCCAAGUAUUCGAGCAUUCCGAAUGCGUUCUCUACAAUCUACCGAACCGAAGGAUUUUGGGGCCUUUACAAAGGGGCCACGCCUAAUAUAUGCGGGGCUGGAGCUUCUUGGGGCCUCUAUUUCUUUUGCUACAACGCCAUCAAGAACUUUAUUCAACAAGGGAAUGUUAAUACAGCCCUUGGGCCUGGCUCGCAUUUGCUAGCUGCUUCUGAAGCUGGACUCGCAACUCUGCUGAUCACUAAUCCAAUUUGGGUAGUGAAAACCAGGCUAUGUCUUCAGUUCGCCAAUGCCGACGAAAAACUCCGCCCCAAUCAGCGCUACAAGGGCAUGUUCGACUGUCUGAUGAAAAUUUACCAGGCAGAGGGUGUUAAGGGGUACUACAAGGGGCUGACGCCUGGGAUUUUUGGGGUGUCGCAUGGCGCAGUGCAGUUUAUGGUGUAUGAAGAAAUGAAGAAUCGCUAUCAAUAUUACAAGAAGUUACCGAUUAGCACCAAAUUAGGCACAGUGGAAUAUUUGACUUUUUCGGCAACUUCCAAACUUAUGGCUGUGCUGGCAACAUACCCUUAUCAGGUAGUUAGAGCCAGGCUUCAAAAUCAGCACUAUUCGUAUGAAAAUGCCACUGACUGUGUAAGGAAAAUUAGCCUGCAUGAAGGAUGGCGAGGCUUUUACAAGGGACUAGGCACCAAUCUGUUAAGGGUGAUUCCUGCCACCAUGAUCACCUUCGUGGUAUAUGAAAACGUGUCCCAUUUGCUUUUGAAAUAAACAAAAGUCUGCAGGGUAUGUGUAUAAUGUA